UGCAGUUGAGAAACUUGCAUAUGCGACUUGUGCCGUUUGGUGUGCGGGGUAGCUUAAAUGGCAAACGGCCGUGAAACGAUCGAAUAAGUGAAAUUAUUAAUUGUUUCUGCAAUAUUUCGUACUGAUAAAAAGUAAGCCGAAAUUUGCCGAUGCAUUUGCAUUAGUGAUCAGCGCGAUGUAAAACGAAUCAAGUAGGCAUCCACAGGUGUCUUGAUAAAACUUUCAGACACCUUUUGCAACGUGCGUGUGGUGUAUUUCGUUAUUAAAAAUGGAUUUUUUCGAAGGAUGUGUUUGCAAUUUAUUUCGUGUGGUGCAUAGGUCAUAUUUUUGAAAGAACGUUUGAAAAGUUAUAUUGGAAAAUGGUGCGGCGUGAAAGGGGGACACUUUGUAAUGCAGAAUGCAAUCGACGAUGGUUACAAGGGCAUCUACCUUUGCGAGGAUUAAUAGUUUUGUUGGCAAUCUGUUCACUGAAAACAACUAUUGCAGAAAAUUUGCUCCAGGCUCCCCGGUUCACCACUUUCACGAGCAGUAGUAUAAUCAGACUAGGAACAACGAAAAUCGUCCAAUGUCAGGCAUUCGGUAACCCACCACCCCAAUUCAAGUGGCUUAAAGAUGGUAUGCCCAUCACCGAGUUCUCCACCGAUCCAUUCUAUAAGAUCAUCUCAGCGAAACACGAAGAUGGUGGAAGCUAUCGAUGCAUAGCAGCGAAUAAGAUCGGCUCGAUAUUAAGCGAAGAAAUCAAAAUUAUUGUAGCAUAUAUGGGCGUCUUCAAAGACCAAACCGAAAGAACGAUGUCAGUAAAAGAGGGCGAAACGGCAAUUAUCGAUCUUCCAGAAAUCGAUUCGGUGCCACCACCUGAUGUGACGUGGCAAACCGAUGAAGGCGUAUUACCGUACGCCCAGAAGUAUGCUCGAUCAAAAACGAACCAGCUCAUUAUUUUGGCAACUGACAAAUUUGAUCAGAAGUCGUAUAGGGCUCGCGCAAUAAACACCCAAGAAGGUAAAGAGGAGAACAGCGCUUACGUAAGACUGACCGUAGAACAAUCGAACGAGAAUAAUAACGACGCCCCAACAAUCGUCAUUCCCCCGGAAGACCUCGAAAUCGUGAAAGGCUUGCCCCAAACCACCCUUGAUUGUAUCGCGAAUGCGCGACCCCUCCACGAAUUAGACACCUUGUGGUUCAAAGAUGGUAUCCCAAUCGAGAGUGCGGGUAUCUCUUACUCUCUAAACGACAUUUGGAACCGCAGCCUCACUCUGAUCUCGAUCAACACCACCCACAGUGGCCAGUACGAGUGCAACGUCAAUUUGAAAUCGGGUGGUUUCGCAAUGGUCAGGGCAUCCGCGCAGGUUGUGGUACUCGAAAAACCGCGGUUCUUUAGCAACACCCGACCAGAAACGUUGGGCGAUUACGGUUCUCAGUUGAGCCUUCCGUGUGACGUUAUCGGCAUACCAAAGCCGAAUGUUACUUGGUACAGAAACACCGAAACGCUCGACUUGUCCGACAAAAGGUACGUUGUUGAAGAAGAUAAUUCACUUCUAAUAAAAAAGUUGCUGAUAGCGGAUAACGGGAUGUAUCAGUGCUUCGCGAGGAACCAGGCGGGAGAAAGUUCACUAUCUACAUGGUUGCGUGUAAAGAAAUUCAGAAAUGUGCGAAGCAUAGCAGCGAAACUGAUAAGGCUGAGAAGCUCUGGUGAGCGUCGCGGCAAACAGCAUUUCGUAUUUAUGUCGCCAUCUGCACAGCCGGUGAUGGAAUUCGGCCCCAAAAAUCUGACUGUUCUCGACGGAAAGGACGCUACCCUGACUUGUCGAGCAGCCGGAGCACCCGUUCCGAAUAUUACUUGGAUUUUUAAUGAAGAAGAAGUGAAGACUUCCAGUCGUGUGCAGAUCAUAGAUACAGGGGACCUGUUGAUCGCAGCUGUUAAGGAAAGCGAUGCUGGUCACUACACAUGCCUUAGAGCAAAUGAAGCAGGUGAAGUGAGAGGGUCUGCUUAUUUGGGAGUCUUAGUACGAACCCAAAUUGUACAACCUCCAGUUGAUACGCGGGUCCUCUUGGGCCACACGGCGACUCUACAAUGUAAAAUUUCGUCAGAUCCGAAAGUUCCUUAUCAAUUAGAUUGGUUUAGAGAUAAAAUCAUGAUAAGUCCUAGAGGUACUCAGCGAAUCAGCAUCCUACAAGAUGGCACUUUGGAAAUUCAGGCUGUCAGAGCAUCAGAUGUUGGACAUUAUACUUGUGCUGUUCAUUCACCUGGGGGCAAUGAAACUCGCUCAGCUAAACUCAGUGUCAUUGAGCUACCAUUCGCCCCAACAAAUGUCAAAGCUGAAAGAUUGGAUAAUGGAAGCCAGAGAGCAGUCAAUGUCAGUUGGACCCCUGGAUUUGAUGGGAACAGUCCCAUUAAGCAAUACAUUGUGCAAAAGCGGGAAGUACCAGAUUUUGUACCUCCCAUUCCAGGCCCAAUACCUGAUCCACUACUCAACUGGAUAACAGAGAUCAGUAAUGUUUCCGGGGGUCAACGGUGGGUUUUGUUAACUAACCUCAAAGCAGCCGCAUCCUACCAGUUUCGCGUGAGCGCAGUCAAUAGCGUUGGAGAGGGCAGCCCAUCAGAGCCUAGCAAUCAAGUCAUGUUGCCGCAAGAAGGCAGCUCAUAUAUAUUUCCUUUUAAAGCUCCUUCAGGUCCGCCUGUCGGUUUUGUUGGGUCUGCUAGAAGUUCUUCAGAAAUCAUUACUCAGUGGCAACCCCCACUAGAGGAGCACAGAAAUGGACAAAUCUUGGGUUAUAUCAUUCGGUAUCGACUGUUUGGUUAUAAUGAUAGCCCGUGGACCAUUCGAAAUAUAACUAAUGAGGCUCAACGAAAUUAUCUAAUUCAAGAUCUGAUAACCUGGAAAGAUUAUGUAGUUCAAAUAGCUGCAUACAACAACAAGGGUGUCGGGGUUUUCACAGAAGGUGCAAAAAUCAAAACAAAAGAGGGCGUUCCCGAAGCUCCGCCUAAGAUUAAAAGAGUCGAAGCAUUGAAUUCGACAGCUGUGCAGAUAUGGUGGAUUCCACCGGAUCCACAAAAAAUCAAUGGUAUAAAUCAAGGUUACAAAAUACAAGCAUGGCGUUGGUUGAAAAACAGAGGCAACAUUGAGGCCGGCAUGAUGACCGUUCAUCCAAAUUUACUGGACCCAUAUGCUGAACAAACCGCGGUAAUGUUGGAUUUGGAAAAAUUUACUGAAUACAAUCUAACAGUACUAUGCUUUACUGAUCCUGGGGAUGGAGAAAUUAGCGAUUUGGUGUUUGUUAAAACGAAAGAAGAUGUUCCUGACGAAGUCACCAACCUUCAAUUUGAUGACAUCAGCGAUAGAGCAGUUAAAGUUUUAUGGCAGCCACCAAAGAAAAUUAAUGGUAUUUUAACUGGUUACCAGAUUCAGUACCAAAUCAAGGAUAUGCCUGAAACAUCUAGGGUUAGAAAUUUGUCAGCGGACACUUUAGACCUAAAAGUUAUGGAGCUUCUAGCAACGACGCAUUACAGAUUUGAGGUUACUGCCUGGACUGCAGUGGGCCCUGGACCUCCUAAAGUAGCAAUCAUUCAGUCAGGAGUUGAACCGGUGCUACCUCAUCCUCCUUCAAAAUUGGCUUUAUCAAAUAUUGAAGCAUUUUCGGUGGUUUUGCAGUUUACUCCAGGCUUUGAUGGUAAUUCUUCUAUUACAAAAUGGAUGGUCCAAGCACAAACUGCAAGAAACGCAACUUGGUUUGUUGUUUAUGAAAUAAGCGAUCCUGAUGCGACUACAAUAACAGUCACUGGACUAGUGCCAUUUACUGUUUAUCGACUAAGAUUAAUAGCUAGUAAUGUAGUUGGUGCCAGUGUUCCUUCGGAGCCUACUAAAGAAUUUCAGACUAUCCAGGCUCCGCCUGCUCAUCCUCCAAGAAAUGUCACUGUUAGAGCGAUGAGUGCUACUGAACUCCGAGUUAGAUGGAUUCCUUUACAACAGAUCGAAUGGUUCGGCAAUCCCAGAGGUUACAAUAUAACCUAUACCCAGUUAAGAACUGGAUAUAUGCACAGUGCCGCUAUAGAGGAUCAUACUGCCAACUCCCACAUUAUUAUUGGACUGGAAGAGUAUGCUUUGUAUGAAAUCAGGAUGCAGGCAUGUAAUGAUGUUGGGUGCUCUUCACCAGGACCUAAAGCUUUGGAGAGAACUAGGGAAUCAGUUCCAUCAUUUGGCCCAAUGAAUGUAGUUGCAAACGCAACUUCAUCAACCACAAUUCUUGUAAAAUGGGGGGACAUACCCAAGGAACAUCAAAAUGGUCUCAUAGAAGGAUUUAAAGUUUACUAUGCUGCGGAGUCAAAAUCGUCAGUGGACUACAAGAUUAUACCAAACAAUUCUACAUUUACUACAACAUUAACUGAAUUAAGGAAAUUUGUGACAUAUCAUGUACAAGUUCUGGCCUACACUCGGUUAGGAGAUGGUGAACCUAGUAAACCUGCAGUAAGAGUUAGAACUUUCGAAGAUGUACCUGGCGCUCCUUCAAACGUUUCAUUCCCAGAUGUAUCCUCUACAUCAGCUAGGAUUAUCUGGGAUGUGCCUGAAGAACCUAAUGGUGAAAUUUUAGCUUACAAAGUUACAUAUCACAUUAACAAUGCAAACACAAACAACAAAUAUUCAAAAGAAUUUCCUCCUUCAGACAGAACAUUUCGGUUUACCCAACUUGACCCAGAUAAAUAUUACAUGUUUUCUGUCACUGCGCAAACUAGACUAGGAUGGGGCAAAACUGCACAUGCGUUGGUCUACACAACUAAUAACAGAGAACCCCCUCAACCCCCUUCAGUGCCACAAAUAAGUAGAAGUCAAAUUCAAAGUAGAACUAUAACAUUUAGUUGGACGCCUGGUAGGGAUGGAUUUGCACCUCUACGUUAUUAUACAGUUCAAAAAAUGGAAGACAGCGGACCCUGGCAAUCUCUGUCUGAAAGGGUGGAUCCUCAAUUGACCAGUUAUACUGUUACCAACUUAAAACCAUUUACUACAUAUAGAUUUCGAAUUCAGGCCACUAAUGAUAUUGGUCCAAGCAAGUUCAGUGCCGAGUCUGUUGAAGUACGAACUUACCCAGCUGCACCAAGCAAAGCUGUAAGUGGAUUGAGAGCAGUUCCCAUAACUACAACAAGUGUUGAAGUAUUUUGGGAACCGAUAGAAGAACAGUAUUGGAGUGGAGAUAGUAAGACUGGAGGCUACCGAGUUAUUUUCCAGCCCGUAUCUGAUUUUCCCACUGCCCUUCAAGCAACCCCGAAGGAGGAAGUUAUGGGCAUUAACGCAAGGAAGAUGGUGCUGAGUGAACUAUUGCAAGACCGAAACUAUGAAAUUAUUGUGGUAUCAUUUAACAUCCAGGGUGAAGGACCAGCUAGUCCUCCUGUUACUGUUUAUGUUGGGGAGGCUGUACCUACAGGAGAACCGAGAGGUCUGCAAGGAGAGCCAGUUUCAUCCACAGAAGUAAGGUUACGCUGGAAGCCUCCCCAACAUCAUAUGCAGAAUGGAGAACUUUUAGGUUAUAAGAUAUUUUAUUUGGUUCUCAAUUCCCCUCAAGAAUUGGAAGCAGGAAAAAAGUUAGAGGAAGAAAUUGAAGUCGUUGCCGCGUCAACUACAUCUCAUAGCUUAGUUUUUUUGGACAAAUACACAGAAUAUAGGAUACAAAUUUUGGCGUUUAAUCCAGCAGGAGACGGGCCGAGAUCUUCUCCUAUUAUUGUAAAAACCUUACAGGGAUUACCAAGCGCUCCAGUAAAUUUGCGCUUCUUGGAUAUAACGAUGAAUAGUUUAGUGGUAAUGUGGGAUCCACCAAAGAAAAGAAAUGGUGAUAUUAUGGGUUAUAUUGUGACAUAUGAAACCACAGAAGAGAACGAGAAAUUCAGCAAGCAAGUAAAACAGAAAGUCUCUACCAACCAUCUUCAAAUUCAAAGUUUAGAAGAGGAAAUUACUUACACUUUUACGGUUAGGGCCCAAACAAUCGACUAUGGUCCAUCAGUCGCGAAUAAUGUGACUACAGGUCCUCAAGAAGGCUCCCCUGCGAGUCCUAAGGAAUUAACGAUAUUAAAAACGCUUUCCAGUGUGGAAUUGCACUGGUUAAAUGGACCUACAGGCAAAGGUCCAAUUCUCGGGUAUUAUAUCGAAUCUCGAAAGAAAGAAGAUACGCGAUGGCAAACCGUGGCAAAAACUACGAACGGGCCUUUGCAAGAGUUCACAAUUUCAUAUCAGAGUUUGUUGCCAUCAACUCCCUACAAUUUUCGUGUUAUUCCUUACAAUAAGUUUGGGAUAAGCUGCCCAGCAUAUUCUGAUGAUUCUAUUCUCACACCUUCAAAAUUGUAUUUGGAAUAUGGUUACUUGCAGCACAAACCAUUUUAUAGGCAAACCUGGUUCAUGGUUGCUCUUGCGGCCAUUUCUAUCAUUAUUAUUAUUACCAUCAUUGCCGUGCUUUGUGUCAAGAGUAAAAGCUACAAAUACAAACAAGAAGCACAGAAGACUCUGGAAGAGUCAAUGGCGAUGUCGGUGGGUGAUCAGCAGGAAUUAGCCAUGGAUUAUUAUAGAUCAAAGGGCGUGAAUGGUAACUUGAGUUCACUGGGAACAAUGGGCAAAAGGUCAACUAUGCCCCGAAAGCAACCACAACAUCCCCCCUCUACAAUACUGAGCAAAACACCUCCUAGACCUUCACCCGCUUCCGUGCCAUACAACUCUGAUGAAGAAAGUUUGAAAGGAUAUGACGAGAAUCCUGACGAUAGCAGCGUCACUGAGAAGCCAUCAGAAAUGAGCUCAUCCGAUUCUCAGGGUUCUGAAAGUGAAAAUGAAAGCGUAAGGUCAGACCCCCACUCAUUUGUUAAUCAUUAUGCUAACGUAAAUGACACGUUGAGACAGUCGUGGAAACGACAGAAGCCUGUGAAAAAUUAUUCGAGUUAUACAGACUCAGAGCCAGAAGGUAGUGCUGUAGUCAGUCUUAAUGGGGGUCAAAUUAUCGUAAACAAUAUGGCGAGGUCGCGUGCCCCACUACCGGGUUUCUCUUCUUUUGUGUAAAAAGCAGCUUGUAACAUAUGGAGGGCGAACGUCUGAACUAUUUCUUGUUUUAAAGACUUCCUUUCAUUUUAUUUAAUUAGAUCUGUCUGUGAAUGCAUAGCUACUUAACGUUAUUCAGAACAAAUUUUGUACAUAACUUAGUGGUAAUUUUUUAAUUUUAGACAAUUGGACCAAAUGUAGCAGUUAUAUUAAGUGUGAUCUCAUGCUGGGAGUUUAUACAUUUUUUUAAUCGAAACGAGUUCACAAUAAUUGAGGUAAAUAAGAUUUCUUAAUUUAAAAAAGAGCAAUAUGUAGCCAUACAAUAGCCAUAUUUUUAUAACUUGCCUGGUUUUCAUCAUCUUUCUUUAGUGUUAUUUUCGCGCUCAUUUUAUAAAUGCAAAAUGCAAAACUCGAAAACUGUAAAUAUUAAGUUAAAAUAUUUUUGCUGCUCAAAAACUGAUUUAUAUCCCUAAGCGAUUCAGAAUUUUCUGAUAAAGACUUUACUGUUUAGUUAGUAAGAAAUAGACAAAAUGUAAAUAAAAUCUUCUCUAAUAUUUGUUAAAUAUUUUGAUAGAAAAAUGUAGUCUGUACAUUAUUAAAUUUAAUUAUGCAAUGUGUCAAUUACUCCACAGUUUUUAAAUUGUCCAGAGUCUAGUUGCAAGCUAGUGAUUGUAUACACUGUCAUUUCGUUUGAACUUAGGUAUUUUUUGUUUGAUUUCUCUAAGUGAAGUCAACUUAAAAUAUAAAUUCGGCGACGUUUCACAGUAAAGCCAAAUUGCCUGCUGGAAAAGUAGGUAAAUCUAAUCCGCAGUAAGUAAAAGGUGAGAACAAAACAUUUAAGGUGAUUUAGCUAACUUUCUCCUGAAAAUUCAAUAAAAUUUGGAGGUGAGUAAUAGUGGUGCAAGUAACAACACAUUGGUAUUUUUCUUGUAAUUUAUAUUAAAUAUUAAUUUCAAUUGCAUAGCUGAUUGACAAACCUUCAGGUUUGAAUGAAUACAGAUAGACGUUUAACACAGUUCAACAUUUUUUGGAAAGGUAUAUUUUGAAUCAUGAUCAGUUUUAAUUGAAAUUAAGUGAAUGUAAUAGCGGUUUAGCUACAACUGCUGUAAUGUAAAAAAGUGCUAUUCUUUCAAAUAAUGUUGUUUAAUGAAAUUAAAUUGAGGGGACUAUUUAUAAUUGAUUUAAAAUUUUGAAUUAAUGCACAUGGAAAUAAGUAAAUUUCAGUUUUAGAUAAGGUUUUAAUCUUUUUUCAGUAAAAAAACGAUUAGAAUACUUCAACCGUUGUUGCGCCAUAUAAAGGAUAUACUAAACUUAAAAGUAUCAAGGGGACCGAGCGAGAUAUUGUUAUCAAGUUUUGCUUAGGACCGUAGGAGGUGGUAGUCUACAUUUGAAAGCUAUUGUCGCCGUCGCAGUAUCGUUAAACACCCUGUAAACUAUUGUUAUUGUUUUGCGCAAAAUUCUAAAUUUAUUUCAUCCAGAAUAUAUAGUUUUGAUUAGUUACUUACAAGUUUUUGUUUGUUCAUAUAAUAUUUUGUUGACGGAAAUAGUUUUUUUACCGCAUUUAAUAUUAUAAGAUAUAACACCAUUUCUUCGUUAUUUUUGACUAUAGAGUAAAAUUUUGAAAUUGAGGAAAUUGCACCUUAAACCUCUUGGAUUUACCUGACAAAAUUUGGCUUUGGUGCCACAAAACUUAUUCAAUAAUUUUUUUAUAUUUAAAAUAUCGAAGUCGUUAGGACUUUGGGUAAAUCGGGCAACACUGCGACGGCCAGAAUAUUUUUGAAAUAUAUGACUGCAAACCAUUACAAUAUCUCUGUUUUUUCUUUAUGCUUCUAACAGGCCAGCAUGUAUAGAAUGCUCUCUAUAGAGAGCAAACAUCAUUACCACCAGAAAAAGAUUGAAUGAACAUGCCACUGAAUUCAAAAUUGGUUCUUUCAAAUGAGCAUAAGCAUUUUUAUGAAUCUAUAAAAUAAUGACAAUUAGUUUCAGGCACCAACAAAAUAAAAGCUUGUUUUACAAGAUAAUUAUUAGUGUUGAUAGUAAAUGACUUCCAGAGGUAGUUUUUGAUUGUAAAGUAUAAAGUUUAAGAGACAAUUCUCUACUGUUACGAAAAUACUUUACUUUAAUGAAUAACUGUAUUCUACAUUCACUGCCUUAUAAUUUAGUGUAAUUUAUUAUAAUAUUUGUAAAAUAAAUCUGUGAUUCUAAUAAACUUUUUUUAUUUACUUU